CCAAUCCAAAUCCAUCCAACUACUACUAAUGAUUACGUUCCCUGUAUAUAUAGGAACCAAACACUAUACGGAUCGAUAUCUCCAUCACCAAUCAGGCACUCCCCUCCCUAACAAAAGCCAUGGCCAGCGAGGCGGGGAAGGCUCCGGCGAUCCCCGGCCGGCGCGUGCUCAUGUUCCCGCUGCCGUUCCAGGGCCACCUGAGCCCGAUGCUGCAGCUGGCGGCCGUGCUGCACGCCCGGGGCCUCCGCGUCACCAUCUUCCACGCCGCCUUCAACGCGCCGGACUCCGUGGCGGGGUACCGCUUCGUGCCCGUCGGAGCCGGCGUGCCGGCCGCCGACCUCGUCCCUACGGGCAGCGAUGCUGACUUCGUCGGGGCGCUGCUGCGCUUCAACGAGCGCCUGCAAGGAGCUUUCCAGAACAGCCUCCGCGAAGUGCUGGAGGAGGAGGAGGGAGCGCGGCCGGCGUGCCUGGUGCUGGACUCCAACCUCCGAGGCAUGCAGGUGGUCGCCGACCGGCUCGGCGUGCCGACGCUGGUGCUUCGCACGGGCGGCGCCGCUUGCCUCGUCGCCUACAUGGCCUUCCCGGCGCUGUGCGACAAGGGCCUCCUCCCGCUACAAGAUCAUGCGCAAUUGAACAUGCCACUGGAUGAUCUCCAACCACUCCAGCUAGGAGACAUGGUCUUCUCAACCACAACUCCGCAUGAAACAAUGUCCAAUUGCCUUGAACGCAUUAUGGAAUCUGCGAGGUAUUCUUCUGGUGUCAUCAUUAACACCUUUAGUGAGCUUGAAGGCGCCGACCUCCAAAAGAUCAUCCAUGGUCUAGGUGUUCCAGUGUACGCAGUUGGUCCGCUUCACAAAAUAUCUCCAAGUGCCCAGAGCAGCCUGUUGGAUGCAGACAAAACUUGUUUGAAUUGGUUGGAUAAGCAGGAGGCGAAGUCCGUUCUAUUUCUGAGCAUUGGGAGCUUGGCAUCCAUGACCCAGGAAGAGCUAGUGGAGACCGCAUGGGGCUUGGCCAAUAGUUGCAUGCCAUUUCUUUGGGUGAUUAGGCCAAACUUGGUUCAAUGUUCAGGGAAGGUAGGCCUACCUGAAGGCUUUGAGGAGGUGACACGUGGUAGGGGAAUGGUGGUGAGUUGGGCCCCUCAACAAGAAGUUCUUGGGCACCAAGCAGUUGGUGGCUUUUGGACCCAUAACGGCUGGAACUCGACGUUGGAAAGCAUAUGUGAGGGUGUUCCGAUGAUAUGUAGACCCCAUUUUGCCGAUCAGAUGAUAAAUGCCAGGUAUGUCCAGGAGGUCUGGAAGGUAGGAUUUGAGUUAGAGGGAAAGUUGGAGAGGGGGAAGAUUGAGAGGAGUGUUAGAAAGUUGUUUUGCCACGAAGAAGGUGGAGAGAUGAGGUGGAGGGCGAAAGAUCUCGAGGACAAAGCAACCGAGUGUAUGAAGAAAGGAGGCUCUUCAGAAACUAGAAUCAAUUUGUUGGUGAAUUUUAUGAUGUCAUUACCUUGUUCCAUUUAGAUGAGACUUGUUUUGUAUUUUCAUAUGAAUUCAUUCCUGAAACUUAGAAUGUUGUUACCGUACAUGGACUUGUUUGGCAUAUGUGUGAACUCUUACAUAUUGCCUAAUACAUUUCUGCAAAUUCCUCAUAA